CAGAUCACUUCUCCAUUCUACUACGGCUUUCGUCUUGCAAGACACAACAGGUGGUAGCUAUGACAAGCCGUCACUCUCACCACAAGGGAGAAGAUAUCUUCCACUUGGUCAAAUAUGACAGGGAAAAUGAUACAUGGAGAAUAAAACCUCGGGCGCUUGAAAUCAUUUGGGGUGGAGAUCCAAGAUACUGGAAUUUGUCUGCAGGAGAAGGCCCUGCUGAACUUUUGCAAGUCAGCUGGCUGGAAGUUACGGGGAAAAUUAAUCUCAGUAGGUUCUUAAAGAAAGGAAAAGAGUACAUGGUGAAGUUCCGUGUGGAGUUAAGGCCAGAUAACUUUGGCUGGGGAAAUUGUCCUGUCUAUUUUAUGGUUAAAGUAGGAGAACAGACGCGCUUAUGGAAGAAAGCUUAUUUGAAAUUAAAGAGCUAUGGCCAAGUUUUCGACGUUCCAAUCAAUCAGAAUCUUACUUUCAGAGUACCUGAGAGUUGCAGCUCUGAAGAAAAGCUCAUGUUUGGAAUGUAUGAGAUCUGGAAGGGAAGGUGGAAGGGAGGACUUGUCAUUCAUGAAGUGAUCAUUGCACCCCUUCUUUAUGUUUAAAUUUUAUUGAUGUUAAUUUAAAUAAAGGGAUUCUCCUCUCAAUGUUCUUUUGUAGUUUUCAACUUUUUUUUUUUUUUAAUAAGGACUGGUCAUCUGUGUUGUGUUGAUAAUAUUAAUUGAUAUAUACUGAUCUGUUGUGGAAUAAUGUUUUGAAGAGAUAGUGAUGUUGUAGGAAGGGAUCUUGGUUCACUUGUAUGUGAUGGAUGAUGCAUUUCUAUAUGAAGAUCAGGGUUUAUAAUGAAAUAUAUAUUUAGUUU